GCGCGAGCGAUGCCUUCAGCCGGAAGGGUGCAAAUGGGUUUCGCAUAAAUCACUGACAUGACGUGAACGACUUCCUAGGCUACCACCCUCUGCAGUAUAACAUGAUCUCCCUGCGCACUCUGCAUGGCCAUUCCUACUCUCGCGUCAUCCUCUGGGUCUCUCCGCGCUCGCCCAGACGUCGUAGCCGCUAUUAUCACCCCCAUAGGACACCAUGUCCCUCGCCAAACUGCCAUUUCUGUUCUCCGGGAUGACUGCAGGCUAUGUUCUCAUGACGCCUCCACAACCGAGUGUGCCCAGAGAGAAGCGUUCGAGAGAUGUUACUCCAUAUGAACGUUUCUUCUCGGCAGUUGUACACAGGAUCGUGCAGUUGGCGAAGAUUACAACAUGCGCUCCAUUCGUCCUUGAGAUAGCCGUCAUACUUGCGAACGAGUACCCCUCGAACCAGCUCUCCCACUUCCUCAUACCAAUUCUUGUUCGUGGUUCCCUCGCACGUACGGGACAGAUCGCGCUCUCUCCCACCUUCCUCCUGGGCUGGACUUUAGUAUUGCUCAAUACCACUCUGCGAUACCGAUGCUAUUGCGCGCUGGACCGCUUCUUCACCUACGAACUCACCGUUCGCGACGGACAGCGGCUCGUGACCCACGGCCCGUACAGCUACGUUCGCCACCCCAGCUACACCGCUGUGACCCUAGGCGCGAUCUGCAUCAUCCUCAUGCACGUCGCGCAAGGUUCAUGGACGAAGGAGUGUGGUAUAUUGCAGACACCGGCUGGGAGGGCGUUUGGGAUGCUACAUGUUGGGCUCUGCGUGUUCCUCACCCUGUCGGUCGCGUGGCGUACGGCUGGGGAGGACGGGAUGUUGAGGAACCAUUUUGGCAAGGAGUGGGAGGCGUACGCACAGAGGGUUCCCUAUCGUAUGAUUCCUUAUGUGUAUUGACAUUGCUUUUGGCACGAUGCCUUUCAAACCAGUCCCAAUAUGUACAAUCAGCAUCUUGGUAGUCACUAUUACUGAUGUGUCCACAUGCGUCGCAGUA